UUAUAAAGAACCAGCUGAAUUGGCUUCCCUUUCGUUCGAUGUUCGGGCUGAGUUUCGUAAUGAAAAAAAAAUUUCUGUUGCAGGGUAUCAAGUGCCUCAGCCUAUUCAUACAUUUAGCCAAUUAAAAAGUAUUGUUGAACAAAGGUUACUUCAGAAUAUUCUUCUGGAAAAACAUUAUGAACCGACACCUAUUCAAGCACAAUUGAUCCCUAUUGUUUUGUCUGGUUAUGAUGUCGUAGCUAUCGCGGAAACGGGUGCGGGUAAAACGGAAGGAUAUUUAAUUCCGACAAUCCAGCAUGUCUGUAAAGUGUUAGACAGUUGGUCUCUGGUGAAAAUGAAACCUAAAGAGGGUCCCAUUUCAUUGAUAUUGUCACCUACUAGAGAACUUGCAAUGCAAACUUUUAAAAUAGCGAAGCGAUUGUGUAUGUCACUUAAUUUACGGGUUUCAUGUUUUUCUGGAGGCUACGAUAAAACACAACAAGUUAAAGAAAUUCGAGCGGGUUGUGAAAUAUGUGUGGGAACACCAGGGAGGAUUAUUGAUUUGUGCACGCUUCACGGUUCGGUUCAAAUGUCUCUGCAAAGUGUUACGUUGUUCAUUUUGGAUGAAGCGGAUCGUAUGUUGAAUUUGGAUUUCAACGAACCGAUUCUUUCAAUUCAUCAAGCAUUAAGACCCGAUAGACAGAUGGUUUUUGUCUCAGCAUCGUUUCCAGCUGAAUUGGAAAAAUUGAUGUUAAGAUUGGUACCGAAACCUCCAAUGAGGGUAACAGUGGGAAACAAAGGAAAAGUUACUGAGAGUGUCGCGGAACUCGUUAAAGUUUUUCGAACAGCUUCAGAGAAAUUACAGUGGAUACAAACGUUUUCGUUACAACAUGCUAAGAGCAAUUAUUGUACUCUAGUAUUUUGCAAAUCACGACAGGGAGCAAUGGAGUUAUGCGAAGAAUUGGGAAAAAUACAAGAUAAAGAAUUUGUACAACUUACAAAAGAUGGGAGCCAAACGGGAGCAUUCAAAAGAAUUAUGUGCCGUUAUCUUCAUGGUGACAUGUCGCAAGAAGAAAGAGAAACCGUGAUGCAUAAUUUUCGAGAAAAAAAAUUUUCUUUUUUGAUCUCAACAGAUAUUGCUUCACGAGGUUUAAAUCUUCCAUUUUGUGACACAGUUGUUAAUUUCGAUACAGCAAAAGAUUGGGAAACAUAUCUGCAUCGUGUAGGAAGAGCGGUUAUUCAAGAAAAAAGGGAUGUUAAAGGAAAAGCUUACUCACUUUUAGUUCAUGGAAAUACGUUGGAUCAAUGGAUGGCUGGAAUGCUUGUUGAAAGUUUAAAACAAAAAGAAGUGGACCCGCCGCGUGUUCUUUUUGAAUUCGCAAUGACUCAUGAAGCAUUUCGCGCUGCGCAACUCUGCGGAAAAUCUUUUUUCCAAACUUCAGCAGGAAACAAAAAGGGUAAAAAUAAGACGUCGCAAAACUGCUCCAUGAUUGGAAUCGGAUACACGUCAAAUAACACAAGUGUGAAAAAAGCCUCAGCGAAUGCUCCCCGUUUUGUUCGUGAAACAUCCAGUUUAACGUUACAGGUCGCUCAGCCUUUGAAACGUCGAUGGGACACAGAAGAAGAUGUUUUAAAACAAGGAUGUGUAGGUGACAUCUGUAGAGGGUAUACAAUGAGGACAACGGAGAACAGUGUGAAUGAAGAGUGUGUACCAAGUUUUACCGGAAAGCGUUUGAAAAUUUUUAGUGCGACCGAUGACAUUUCCUCGUCAGAUGAUGAGAAACCAACGCCACAACAAACACCAAUAAGUGACAUAGUGAACCACCCAAAAGAGCAAAAGUUUAGUAUCAGUGGUAAAAAUGUUCAAGAAACUCUAAGAAAAGUGUCACGCUGGGAAUAGCGCCAACUUUUUUGUUUCCAUUAAUGAAAAUACAAGUCAUAAAAAACUAUCAUUUUUGUUUUGAAUUAAACAUACGCAUUGAUGUUUAAUGAAAGAGGCAAUUAAGGAAACUUUUAUUCUAGUAGUAUCUGUAAAUCAGUAAAAUAGUCUCGCGUCACUGAGGUGAAUUAAAGGUGAGCAUGUGGUGGUGAUCGUACUUUUU